AUUGCCACUUGAACUUUCCUACGACUCUCUCUCUAUUCAUCAUGCUUCAGGUCUCAGCGCGGGAUCACCUCAACCCGGCCUCCACCAAGGCUGUAAUCUUGGUGGGAGGCCCUUCGCGAGGCACUCGUUUCCGUCCAUUGUCGCUUGAUGUGCCCAAGCCCCUGUUCGAAGUCGCCGGCCACCCCAUCAUCCACCACUGCCUCAAGGCGCUCGCCAAGGUCCCCGAUGUUCGCGAAGUCCUCCUGGUCGGAUACUAUGAUGAGACGGUGCUGCGGGACUUCAUCAAGGACGCCACGAAGGAGUUCCCUCAGUUCCGCAUUCAGUACCUUCGGGAAUACACAGCGUUAGGCACUGCAGGUGGCCUGUACCACUUCCGCGAUGCGAUCCUCAAGGGCAAGCCGGAGCGCUGCUUUGUGCUGAACGCAGACGUCUGCUGCUCUUUUCCUCUGGGCGAGAUGCUGCGACUAUUCGAGGAGAGGGAUGCGGAGGCGGUCAUUCUGGGCACACGGGUGGACAACGACGCCGCCACCAACUUUGGCUGCAUCGUGUCCGACUCGCACACCAAGCGUGUGCUCCACUACGUCGAGAAGCCCGAGUCGCACAUCUCUAAUCUGAUUAACUGCGGCGUCUACCUGUUCGCCACUGAGUGCAUCUUCCCCGCCAUCCGCAGUGCCAUCAAGCGCCGUACCACCCGCCCUCGCAUGCUCUCUUACCCCUCCUCCGACAACCUCGAGUCUUCUUUCGUUGCGACUGGCGAUGACGAGGAUGGGGAGAAGAGCGAGGUCCUCCGCCUCGAGCAGGACAUUCUCUCCGAUCUGGCUGACAGCAACCGGUUCUUCGUGCACGAGACUAAAGACUUCUGGCGCCAGAUCAAGUCCGCGGGCUCGGCUGUCCCUGCCAACGCUCUUUACCUUCAGAAGGCCUUCCAGGCUGAGUCGGAGGAGCUGAUGGCGCCUUCUGCCACCAUUGUGCCCCCGGUUUACAUCCAUCCCACUGCCCAGGUCGAUCCUACUGCCAAGCUGGGCCCCAAUGUUUCCAUUGGUCCCCGCGCCGUGGUCGGUGCCGGUGUUCGUAUCAAGGACGCGAUUGUUCUUGAGGAUGUAGAGAUCCGCCACGAUGCCUGUGUCAUGCACUCCAUCAUCGGAUGGAGCAGCCGGGUAGGUGCGUGGGCUCGUGUGGAGGGUACCCCGAUCCCUAUCAAUAGCCACUCCACCAGCAUCAUCAAGCAGGGCAUCAAGGUCCAGAGCAUCACCAUUCUGGGCAAGGAGUGUGGAGUUGGUGACGAGGUCCGCAUUCAAAACUGUGUCUGCCUUCCCUACAAGGAGCUCAAACGGGACGUUGCGAAUGAGGUUAUCAUGUAA